CAGGAGUGGCAGGCCUCCUUCUAGGAGGGGUAGGCAGGGGUAGCCCUCCCCAUGCCCUCUGGGGGGGGGGUGUGUAGCUCCGUAUUGCUGGUGCCCCCUGCAGCCUGUCUGGUCACCACCCCCUGCCCCCAGCCCACCCGGAGACUAUGCAUCCCCUUGGCAGGUGCAUUUUUGGGGGAGCGGCAGCAAGCUCCCCAGUGCCAAUAAGGAAUCUCCCACAGCCUGAUCCUCCCUCUUCACACCCCCUUGGAGACAUAAGGAGGGGACUGACAGCCUAGACUCCUCGGCUCCAGAGAGGGGAAGGGAGGGGCAAGGAGGAAGGGGUAGAAAGGCUAGCUUUGGGGCAGGUUUCUUCUCUCUCUGCCCCUCGGCCUGGCACACGUUGCCCAGCCAUGGGGACCUUCAACCUAUGGACAGAUUACCUGGGUUUGGCACGCCUAGUGAGGGCUAUGCGUGGGGAAGAGGAGCCCGAGACCAGGCUAGACCCCCAGCCAGAAUCCAUGCCAGGACCGGAGGAUCAGAGGCCCAGCCCGGAAUCCUCACCAGCUCCUGAACGCCUGUGCUCUUUCUGCAAACACAACGGCGAGUCCCGGGCCAUCUACCAGUCCCACGUGCUCAAGGACGAAGCGGGCCGGGUCCUGUGCCCUAUUCUUCGCGACUACGUGUGCCCCCAGUGCGGUGCCACUCGCGAGCGCGCCCACACCCGCCGCUUCUGCCCGCUCACCGGCCAGGGCUACACCUCAGUCUACAGCUACACCACCCGCAACUCGGCCGGCAAGAAGCUGGCCCGCCCAGACAAGGCGAGGACGCAGGACUCGGGACACCGCCGAGGAGGAGGAGGAGGUGCCUGUGCAGGUUCCAAAGGUGCCGGGACGCCUUCCGGAACUUCUCCUUCUUCCUGCAGUCCCUCCACUUCUGCCUAAGAGGCUGGCGCCGGCAGGACGGGAAUGCUGCCUUCACCUGGGGGUGGGGGUGGGGGAAGAUCCACCCUUUGAAGAUCCGCCCCUAGGCCCUGCCCCCAGCCUGGUGGCCUGGCAGGAGGGCCCGGCCUGGGAGCACAGACGAAAGAGCUCCCCUGAAAGGAAGGAAGUGGUCUCCGGUACCCCCACCCUCCGUCCCCAGCGCUGAGCACCCAGUCAGCACUCAAUAAAUGCUUGUGAAUGGAUCAGC